CCACGCGUCCCUUCUUCGCUUUUGCAAUGCCCCCCUCUUUCUCUCUGGGGUCGACCUUGAUUUGACGACUGGGAACCGUUUCCUAGUUUGACACAGAUUCGCGUGCAGCUCCCGUGGUCUCUGGAACGUGAAAUCGCCUGGGAGUUUCCGGAAAGAAUCUGCUUGCUAAAAGUGACUUGCGAACAGUACGUACAAUACGCUACUUCCGCGAUGGAAUGAGCGAAAUCCUAUGCGGCUGCUUCGCUAUAUUCCUCUGCUAUAUUCCUCGUGAGGAUUGGACGUAUGAUGAAGGUGGAUCCGGUGGCAUGGAAGAGCUCUGGAUGCAGGAACCAGAGGAGUACAAUGGUGGAGGAGUAUUGGAGAUUGUGGACACAGGUAUCCCGGGGGACCGCCUCUAUGAUGCCACUGUUGAGAUGUAUAAAAACCGGGCAUUGGAUAGCGGAAAGUUCGAUCAUGUCCGCCUUGUCGCUUUGAUUGACCACAUCCAUAACCACGAGCUGUUCUCGGAGCUGGACACCGAGUUGCAGAAUUUCGUGAUGUCAACCGGCUUCGGGGGCGUAACUUCGCUUAUAGUCUUCUCGUCGGAGCUCAACCCUAUUAGCCAUCACUAUCGGAAACAGUGGUCCAUGUGCACCCACUAUAUACCUCUUCUGUCUUUGUCAUGCAUCAAGUGUACAUAGUCAUUGGCGGCACAACUUCAAAAGUGUCAUAGCGUACUGUAUAUGUUUGGGUAGCCGGUGAUAAGUGUUUGGGAACUAUACACCAUGUAUCAAGCCCCUGGGAGUCUACACAACAAUGAACAUAGCAAAUGCCCGGUCAAGUAUGGCGUGCUCUGCGUGAUGAACGUUGUCCUCUGGAGUCCACAUGGGAUGAAGAGGAGGUGUGCUCCCUAAGCUGCUUCUAGUUUCACGUUGAGUGAACUUAUCAAAGGCGAUAGACACAGCUUCCAUACCCAUCUCUUAGGCGUAUUCGAGUGCGCUGGGAAGUUCCUGGGGAGUGCAUGGGUUUGGAUGGGUUAAAGAGG